AGCGCAAGCUAAGCCGAGCUACCUCGAUCGAUUUGACCUGCAUUGGGACGCGCAUGUAGGCCCCCUUGUGCACCCAGCUGGCACACGGGGCUGGGCAGCGCAAAGGAGGGCAGGGUGCGAGAUGACAGGCAGAGGCCGGUCGGUUCGUGACAAUUUCCCUGUGAGCUCGGUCGAGGGGGUGCAGGCGACCGCGCGGACGAGGCCAGAGAGUAGACAAAGAGGGCGGAAGACGGGAAGGGAUGGCCUGCCUUGUGUUCUACGGAGAGCAAUUGGGUUGUCCAAAUUGGCCAGCGAAUAAAAAGUGCCACACGCAGCUUCUCCCCGGGAGGCCAGCCUCGGCACACGUCUUGUCUCUGUCCCCAUUCUCCAGAUUUUUUUCCCUCUCCCACCGCAACCGCCCUGUUGCCCUUCCCAGAUUGCCCCCCCGCCAGCAACGUCAGCCAGGGCGCGUCGGGCCGGCCGCAGAGAGCGACGAGAGAGAGAGCAACGAGUCAAUUCGGCAGAUUCGGUUGCAACACAGCGACGGCCCAGGCUGCUGUCCCCACCUUGGACUCCCGGCUCUCUCCAGCGGCACCGUGUUUUAUAUCCCUACAAUACGUAGCUCCGCCCUCCGCCCGCCUUGCUAGAAAAAGGACAACCAGGGCCACACUACCGCAGCCAUGUUGGCCGCCUUUGCGAGAACCGAGUCUAGGACGACUCCGAUGCUGGUAAAAAGAAGCCGCCAACUCGGCCUGUCUCUGCAGAGAUAUAACCCGAGAAUCACAAUGGCUUCACCAAGCCGACGGAGCAACAGCAGCAGCUCCUCUCUCCCAGCAGGCUAUGCGGAGGACAAGUCAAAGGGAGCGAUGCUCCGCUUCCAGGACUCGCUGCCGCGACUCCCCGUGCCGACGCUGGAGGAGACGGCGAGCCGCUACCUGCGCACCCUGAAGCCGAUCCUGUCGCAGGCCGAGCUGGAGGCCAGCACCAGGGCCGUGCAGGAGUUCAUCAAGCCGGGCGGCGCGGGCGCCAAGCUGCAGGAGAAGCUGGUGGCCCGCCGCGAGGACCCCAAGCACCGCAACUGGCUGCACGAGUGGUGGAACGACGCCGCGUACCUCUCGUACCGCGACCCCGUCGUGCCCUACGUCAGCUACUUCUACUCGCACCGCGACGACCGCCGACGCCGCGACCCGGCCAAGCGCGCGGCCGCCAUCACCACGGCCGCCCUCGAGUUCAAGAAGCAGGUGGACGCGGGCAGCCUCGAGCCCGAGUACAUGAAGAAGCUGCCCAUCUGCAUGGACAGCUACAAGUGGAUGUUCAACGCCUCGCGCGUGGCCGCCAAGCCCGCCGACCACCCCGUCAAGUUCGACGCCGCCCAGCACAAGUACAUCGUGGCCAUCCGCAAGAACCGCUUCUACAAGAUCGAGUACGAGGUCGGCGGCAGGCAGCUCAACACGUCGGAGCUCGAGGCCCAGUUCCGCCGCGUCUACGAGCUCGCGGACCAGGAGGCGGCCGCCCGCGGCCCCGCCGUCGGCGCCCUGACGUCGGAGAACCGUGACGUCUGGACCGACGCCCGCGCCACGCUCCUGGCCGCGGCGCCCGGCAACGCCGCGGCGCUCGAGGCACUCGAGGCGUCGUCGUUCGUCGUCUGCCUCGACGACGCUAGCCCCGUGACGCUCGAGGAGCGCGCGCACGCCUACUGGCAUGGCGACGGCCAGAACCGCUGGUACGACAAGCCGCUGCAGUUCAUCGUCAACGACAACGGCACCUCGGGCUUCAUGGGCGAGCACAGCAUGAUGGACGGCACCCCGACGCACCGGCUCAACGACUUUGUCAACGACGUCAUCUUCAACAACAAGCUCGACUUCUCGGACCCAACCGUCCGCUCCGGCCUGCCCGACCCGGCCCAGGUCAAGUUCGCCGUCAGCGAGGACCUCAAGGGCGAGAUCGAGCGGGCCACGCGCGACUUCGCCGCCGUCAUCGGCCAGCACGAGCUCGCGGUGCAGGCCUACCAGGGAUACGGCAAGGGCCUGAUCAAGAAGUUCCGCUGCUCGCCCGACGCCUACGUGCAGAUGGUGAUCCAGCUGGCCUACCACAAGAUGUACGGCAAGAACAGGCCCACGUACGAGUCGGCCGCCACGCGCCGCUUCCAGCAGGGCCGCACCGAGACGUGCCGCUCCGUCAGCGAGGCCAGCGUGGCCUGGUGCUCCGCCAUGGCGGACCCGCAUGCCGCCGACGCCGACAGGGUGAGGCUGUUCCGCGCCGCCGUCGACUCCCACAUCGAGUACAUCGCGGCCGCCUCGGAUGGCAAGGGCGUCGACCGCCACCUCUUCGGGCUCAAGCGCCUCCUCGAGCCCGGCCAGGAGGUGCCCGCCAUCUACAAGGACCCGGCCUACGCCUACUCGAGCAGCUGGUACCUAUCCACCUCGCAGCUGAGCUCCGAGUACUUCAACGGCUACGGCUGGAGCCAGGUCAUCGAUGCGGGCUUUGGCAUCGCCUACAUGAUCAACGAGAACAGCAUCAACUUCAACAUCGUCUCCAAGGGCCUGGGGAGCCAAAAGAUGAGCUACUACCUCAGCGAGUCCGCCGGCGACAUGAGGGACCUGCUCAUGCCCACCCUCGAGGCGCCCAAGGCCAAGAUCUGAUGCGUCCAUGGCAUGGAUGAGGGAUAGGGGGGAACUGUCGAAGCACUGUUUCCAAUUUUGUCUUUGUAUUUGCGCUCUAGACAUUGUACUCAAGCGAUCUUCUUUUUGGAUUAUGGGGGUGUGACAAAAAACCGGUAUUUAUUCAGAGAGAGAGAGAGUGUGUGUGUGUGUGUGGCUCAGGGGCAUCCAUUAUAGCAUUUUUUUGUCUUCGUUUGCCGACUAGAUGGCGAGAUUUUGCACUGGUGUACUACUUCCUGUUCCAUCAAGAUCCUGGGAGGUUCUUCUUUCCCGUCCUGUUUGUGCUAGCCAUCUAGAUCAUAGAUAUCGCAUCGUUCUUCUCCAGAUAUCGCGCCUUUUC